AUGGGGGAAAAACACCAAAAAAGCCAACGGCAACAGCCGGGGAAAAGGCCUCGGAAAGCAUUCCGAGAGCACUUAUUUCAUUCUCUGCCCAAUUAUACUGGUCCGUACAGUGUAGGUAUAAUGGAAAUAGAAGUACCGGUACGCGAGCCGCGCACGUUCUCACGUAUCAAGCGCAACCAUACGCAUGCACUACGGAUGGAUACGGUCCUCUUCUCAAUAUACUACCCAUGCGACCCUUCAUCCUACGCGCAGAGCAGAGGGAAUAGACCGUCCAAAGCCACGUGGCUGCCGAGGCCACGCACCUUGACGAGUAAAGGGUACGCAAAAUUCUUUAGUAUGCCACAUUUGCCUGUUACGGCUUAUAUCGCGGCUACGACUAUGUUCACUAAGCUGCCUGCUUUCCGGAAUGCCAAGCUUACCAGUGACCGCGCCGGUGCUGCAUCUUGCUCAUCGUCUGAUGUCUACAGCCAAGACACAUUAACGGGAAGUGGAGACAAGCCCAAGUUCCCAGUUAUUUUCUUCAGUCACGGAUUAGGAGGUUCUCGAACGUGUUAUAGUACAGUAUGUGGGGAGCUUGCUAGCAACGGUUUUGUUGUCGUUGCAGUAGAACACCGUGAUGGAAGUGGUGCACGCUCCUAUGUCAAUAUUCCCCCAAGCGGCAAGCUGGCAGACGGGCUAAAGAUUGACAACACUGACUCGAGACGCUCCUACAAAGUCGACUAUAUCUUCCCUCUAGAUAAUGCUCUGGAUACGUCACCUAAUAAUGCCCGAGGUGUGGAUACUGAACUCAGGCACGCCCAAAUCGAAAUGCGCAUGUCUGAGAUUGGAGAGGCGUACUAUGUCCUUGAGCUCCUCAAUAAUGGCCAGGGAGACUUGGUCUAUAAGAAUAAUUUGAGAAAGAAAGGCAAUGCUGGGUCGAGCUCUAAAGGGCUAGAAGGUAUUAAUUGGUCUGAUUGGGAUGGUAGACUUCUCCUAUGGAACACCACGGCAAUGGGACACUCUUUCGGUGGAGCGACGACAGCCGAAAUCGUUCGCCAAAAUGACCGUUUCCCCUAUAUUGGUCAAGGUAUCCUCCUUGAUGCAUGGGGACAGGCCACACCGAAAGUAGGAGAAGUUACUCACCAAUCUCUGCGCAAGCCUCUCUUAGCCAUCAACUCUGAGGCAUUCAUGCACUGGCCUGAAAACUUUAAGAGAAUAUAUGAUAUCGGAGAAGAAGCGAGAAAUGGAGGGGCUCUCUGCUGGAUGCUCACUAUCAAAGGGUCCACCCACCUUUCUCAAACUGAUUUCGCCAUACUAUAUCCUCGUUGGAUGUCCUUGUUUAUGAAAACAAUGGUAAAUCCUAAAAGGGCAAUGGCCCUAACCGUAAACUCUUCCUUAGAAUUCUUGAGCCGAGUCCUACCUCCCAAUUUUACAGUUGGGAAUCCCUGGCUCGAUGAAGGAAUCCUGCAGACCAAAGUUCUUAUUACAGACGAACUGCCACGUGAACAUCAACCUGAUGGCAAGUGGAUGGCUUCUCGUCUUAGGAUACCUAACGAAUUACGGAUCCGUACGGUCAACUGGGUUCGACGAAAACCUAAGGAAUCAGUUGCUACUGAUAUAAAAGGCAAGCCACUAAUAGGUCUGAUGAGCUUUCCGCUUGGGGGCGAGGUUUGGAUGCAUCUCAGUCCAGACGAAGAAAACCGGCAAUAUCCGAUUCGGUCGAGCCAGGAGGUUUAG